UUCAUUUGGGCAAAUUUUGGCAGGCACAUCUUAGAUACGGAGAAGAUUUAUGUUGCAUAAAACUGGUGCAGCAAGAUCACCCUUUCACAGUUACAGCUCCCUUUCUGCAGCCUGGAAUCUUCUACAUGCUUCUCAUACCGUUAUGUAGAAGGAGCUUUCUGAGUUUCAUUUGUAAAGCAGAAGACGACUAUUUUUGAUUCUUUUUCACAUUCAAGUAUGGACAUUAUAAUCUAUGAUGAUUACUCCAAUCCACCGCUUCAGAGAUAUUGAGAGGAAACCUGAAUACCUCCAGCCAGACAAGUGUGUUCCACCUCCUAGCCAUAGUUCCUUGGGAACAAUGUGGUUUAUUCGAGAUGGCUGUGGUAUUGCAUGUGCUGUUGUUACCUGGAUGCUUGUCUUCUAUGCAGACUUUGUAGUCCUUCUUGUUAUGUUAGUUCCAUCAAGAGACUAUAUUUAUAGUGUGAUCAAUGGGAUAUUGUUCAACAUGUUGGCUUUCCUGGCUUUGGCUUCACAUUUUCGAGCUAUGCUAUCAGAUCCGGGUGCUGUGCCCAAAGGUAAUGCCACAAAAGAAUUCAUUGAGAGCUUACAGCUGAAGCCAGGACAGGUUGUUUAUAAGUGUCCAAAAUGCUGUAGCAUCAAACCAGACAGAGCACAUCACUGCAGUGUUUGCAAGAGGUGUAUUCGGAAAAUGGAUCAUCACUGUCCAUGGGUUAAUAACUGUGUAGGAGAGAAUAACCAGAAGUACUUUGUACUGUUUACAAUGUAUAUAGCACUAAUUUCCAUGCAUGCCCUAAUCAUGGUGGGAUUUCACUUCCUGUAUUGCUUUGAAGAAGACUGGACAAAAUGCAGCUCCUUCUCUCCACCAACUACAGUGAUCCUUCUUAUCCUCUUGUGUUUUGAGGCUCUCUUGUUUCUCAUCUUCACAUCUGUAAUGUUUGGGACCCAGGUACACUCCAUCUGCACUGAUGAAACGGGAAUAGAACAAUUGAAAAAGGAAGAGAGAAGAUGGGCUAAAAAAACAAAAUGGAUGAACAUGAAAGCAGUAUUUGGCCAUCCGUUCUCUAUAGCAUGGCUUAGCCCAUUUGCUACUCCAGACCAAGGAAAGGCAGACCCAUACCAGUAUGUGGUCUGAAGAAUUUCCACUAAAAUAAAACCACAUUUCAGCACUACUGUUAUAUAAUUUUUAUAUGAAUGUUUAAAACAAAACGUAAAACAGAAACUCUUUUUAUGUCUAUUAAAGGCUGUUCGUUGCAGAGAAAAAAAAAAAGCCCUGUAUUCUGCAAUUUUAGAUAAUACUAUGUCUCUGGUGGCUGAAGUGUCUUCUUUUUUUCUGAUUUUUUUUUUUGUUUUGUUUAACUUGUUAACUUUACUGGCCUUUGUUUCUAUCUGCUUCCUGUAUGGCAUAAUUAAUGUGAAGGAGACCCUCUUUCUCUGUUGUGCCUGUCUCUGCUAACCGAGUAGACUGUAAUGCUGUCUCUAGACUGUGAGGGUAUCUGUGUAAGUGCCAACAGUGCCAUCUUCCUACACAGACAUCUUUGGACCUCCUAAUGGUGUGUAUAGCUCUGACUGGGCAGUGAGUUUCUUUCAUAAAAGAGGACGUUAGCUGAGAAAUAGACACUUUGCUUACUGAACAUUGAAAGGUAGAAGACGAGGGUGUGAUGCUGUGCGAGAGCCAAUUAAUAAUGUGGUCACAUGCAGUUAAAGUAUUUAAAACAAAUGUUGCCAAUACCACCUUUUUUGU